CCCAAUAAGAAAAAAAAAUAGGAGUCUAAUUUGAUACACACACAAUUUCCCCCCCUUUUUACUCGAUCCAACAAUAGUUAUCUGAAUUUCGAUUUUCAAAAAUUAAUCAAUUACUACUACAUGAUUAACGGUUGAAAUUAGGGUUUAUCCCCCGCCCCAAAACCAGAGCAAUUGCUGGCGGUGUAAAAUGGCGGACUCGUCGGAGGGGGAGGAGGAGGGGAAGCUGAGCGGCGGAAACCAGCAGCUGGCGGUGGACGAAGAGCUCCGUGAAAUGGCGAAGAAAGCCGCUUGGAGUGUCAGCUCCUGCAAACCCGGAAACGGCGUCGCAUCUAUCCGUGACGACAAUCUCGAUUCUUACUGGCAGUCAGAUGGUGCACAGCCUCAUCUAGUCAAUAUCCAGUUCCAGAAGAAAGUUAGACUUCAAUUAGUUGUUUUGUAUGUCGAUUUCAAGCUUGACGAGAGCUACACACCUAGUAAGAUCUCGAUUCGAGCCGGUGAUGGUUUCCACAACUUGAAGGAGAUAAAGGCAGUGGAGCUCGUUAAACCAACUGGUUGGGUGUAUAUAUCGUUGUCUGGGACUGAUCCGAGGGAAACCUUUGUGAAUACGUUCAUGUUACAAAUUGCUAUCUUGUCCAAUCAUCUAAACGGGAGAGAUACGCAUGUGCGCCAAAUCAAAGUUUACGGGCCUCGACCGAAUCCUAUUCCAAGACAGCCGUUUCAGUUCACUUCGAACGAGUUCAUUACUUACUCUAUUCUGAGAUAAAGUGAAUUUACCCUCCCUUCUGAUUUUUGAGGAAUGAAACUGAAAUCACAGCUUUGUAGUUGUAGGAGAUUGGUUGGAACAACAUAAUUUAACGGGAUCGUUGUUUUGGAACUCGAGAUCUAUACUAAGUUAUUCUGAUAUCCGUUUUUUAUUUUGUAACCUGUAGGGGUAUUGUUGUAAAUUUAUGUAACAGUUUUCAUUCUGGCUUAUCGAUCUUUCAUAAUAUAUGGGUUUCACAUUAUGAAUUAAUUUUGAACUUCUGUA